AUGGCUUGCCCGACAUCGCUAUUGGUCGUGACAUUACUCAUCCUCGGUAUGGUUGCAUCUAAUCCAGCUGCUGUUGUCGUGCCGAUAGAAGCAUCCGGGUCUUCACGUAUUAUAGCUACUGGACCAAAAUCACCUUAUGGGCUUCCUCUUCGAUCUAGUAUUAUUCCUCCUUUCAUACUUACUGCUACCGAUCUUGAUCGUAUCGAUGGUAAUCAAGAUGGACGAGUGACCAAUGAAGAAUGGAGACGCGUCUUUAUUAUACUUCUUGCUAUCUACGAUUCAGAUGGAGACGGGACAUUGUCCAUUUCAGAGUUUCAGGCUCACAACUUGUCUCCACCUGACCCUACUACUCGCCUAAUCCCACCCCCAUCCAAGCAAAAGAACGCAUUAACAGACUUCAAAGGUCAGCUUGGACGCGAACACGAUCAUCUAAACAGAAAGAAGGAACAGAUGAAUCGACAACGAGAUCGGAACAAUCCCCGACAUCAUCAUCGUGAUCGACAAGAGCAAAGGAUGCAACCAUGGAACGGAAGACCAUAAUAACACACCACUCAAUAUCCUACAGCAUGAUUAUAUCACGAAAAACGUACAAUUUACCUGAAUUAUUAUUUUUUGUUAUUUUAAUUAUUUAUUUCAUUUUUUAUUUAUUAUAUUAUCAUUUUUGGGGGUGGUUAAAUGGGAUAUCUAUAAAAAUCUACUGCACGUUAUAACAAAACAUAUAUCCAAUCUGUUAUAUAUGAAUAUAUACACAUCCCAUGUACAUGAUGUAUCUAGGGAGGAUGAUGAUUUGUGUUGUAAUAGGUCCAUGUUGUAUAGGACUACAUCGUGCCUGGGAAUGGGCAUGGGUAGAGUGCUCCCAAUGGUCUUUAUAAUAUAGAAUUUGUUUAUAUUUUGCAUUAUUACUAAUUUUUGCUUAUCAGAUAUUUUACGAGACAGUGCUCCUAGAAAUGGAGGUGACUUUUCACCUCUCCUCAGUAAAUGAAUGAAAACGCUAGGUGUGCACAAUCACUGAUUUUUAAGAGCAAGUUGAGAACUACAGAUGAAAGAAUUUCAUAUAUUACUUUGUAAAUUGAAAAUGAUUAUUAGAAUGACCCCAUCGUGUAGUUUUGGCUCCAGUUAAAGCUGUAGAUUGUCUUCAUGUCAAUAACUCAAAUAAAAACCGAUAACAAAAAUUUGA